CUUGCCUACGUCUCGGGAAAUUCCCUGACGCAGUAAGCGCACAGAGAGGAAGACCCUAGUUGCCGGACCCAGACAAGCAGUGCUCAGACGCGGAACAGGCAAGACGGAGGCUGCCGUCUGAACCCGAAGCAACUCCGCAGACGCCAGCCUCAGCGGGAAAAGGUCCCACCAUGGCCGGUGGUCAUGAGCCAUAUAUUGAAAUACAUGAGCAACCUAGACAGAGAGGGAUGCGUUUUCGAUACAAAUGUGAAGGAAGAUCAGCAGGCAGUAUUCCAGGUGAACAUAGUACUGAUAUCAACAGGACGUUCCCAUCUAUACAGAUCCUGAACUACUUUGGGAAAGUAAAAAUCAGAAUAACAUUGGUAACUAAGAAUGAACCCUAUAGGCCGCAUCCUCACCAGUUGGUUGGAAAGGAUUGUGAAAAUGGUUACUAUGAAGCUGAAUUUGGGCCAGAGCGUAGAGUUUUGAGUUUUCAGAACCUGGGCAUUCAGUGUGUGAAAAAGAGAGAACUAAAGGAAUCCAUCAUUUCACGAAUUGCUAAGAAGAUCAAUCCAUUCAAUGUUUCUGAAGAACAGCUGUUGACAGUUGAAGAAUAUGAUCUCAAUGUGGUGAGACUCUGUUUCCAAGCAUUCGUCUCUGAUGAACAUGGCAACUGCACACAACCUAUAUCCCCAGUCAUCUCCAACCCCAUUUAUGAUAACCGUGCACCCAAUUCAGCUGAACUGAGAAUCUGCCGUGUGAACAAGAACUGUGGAACAGCGAAAGGAGGAGAUGAAAUUUUCCUAUUGUGUGACAAAGUUCAGAAAGAUGAUAUAGAAGUGAGAUUUUUCAUGAAUGACUGGGAAGCCAAGGGGAUUUUUUCACAAGCUGAUGUUCAUCGUCAAGUAGCAAUUGUCUUCAAGACGCCCCCAUUUUUCAAAGAUAUCUCAGAUCCUGUGACUGUGAAGAUGCAAUUGCGAAGGCCCUCAGAUCAGGAAGUCAGUGAUCCUAUGGACUUUAGAUAUUUACCAGAUGAAAAAGAUCCUUAUGGCCAUAAGGCAAAGAGGCAGAGGUCACCAAUGGCUUUACAAAAGCUCAUUCAAGACUCUGGUCCCUAUGAAAGGUCUAAUGCUGCUCUGUUCCAGACUGCUACCAGUGAAGGAAAAUUCAUUAAGAAAGAGCCAAAUAUAUAUUGCUCACCGAUUGAAACAGCCAUCCCACUGCAGAAAACAUCUGCAAGCAUCCCUUCCUUGCAGCCAUAUUAUUCCCCUCCUUUAAACCACUUAAGUUCCAAUGGACAUCCUGGUCCACCUUUUCAAAUGACAGAGUCCGUUAAGCAGGAUGGGGUUCUGUCAUCUUGCUGGCAUUCCUCUGUUUCACCUCUAAGUGUUUUGCUGCAACAGAGAAACUUGGGUGAUACGUUGCAACCUACAAUGCAGAAUGGUAGCUCUCCAUGUCUUGGACAGGAAAAGAGUCUGAACUGGGCCACUCAGAAAGAGGGGAACAUUUAUCAAGGAUUCUUUGGAACAAUGAAUGAUCAUGAGUCAACAAUGUCAUCAUCAUCACCUUCGCCAUCAGUGUCUCAGCAAGAAAUCCGGAAUGUCUCCAGCACUGUUGACAGCCAGUCUAUUCAUCCAGAAAAUGCUGCAGUGUCCAAUGGCAUUAGCAUGGAGAUGGAAGACUCCAGAUGCUCAGAUGUUAACUUGGAAAAGUCAUCUUUUGUUCAAGCUUUAAAUCCAAGCAACCACAGGAAGAAAGUCCAACCAUUGCUGCCUCCUGCCAUAUCAACAGUAACCACUUCUAGCUUAUCUUUGACCUCUAUGUCCAAUAUUUUUGAGACACCAACUUUUCAUUAUCUGGCUAGCCUUAAUGAAUCAGGAUUGGCCAACAAUCCAAACACCAUAAAUAUAUCAAAUUUUGAUACUUACAGCACCCAAGAUGAGGAGUUCCUAAAUUCCAUUGGAAGCAAUUUUGAUAGCAUACUUUAAACAUAAAGUUUAACUGAAGCUGAUUGUUGCUCAGACACAGUAUACAGUAUACAGUGAUUUCUUGCAAUAUGUGAGUUAGUUCUUCAUAUAUCUAUUGUAAGGAAAUGAUAGUAUGUAGUAUAUAAUGAGGCAAUACCAUAGUAAUUUUAAAUCUACUUAUUGAAGAGGUCUGAAGUAGCUUUUGAAUCUUGCUUUAUGUAACUUGUUUUUAUAUUUUUGUGCUAUGAAAGAAAAUGGAAAAUCUGUGCCUAAUUUUUUUAUAAAUAAUGUUUUGGAAUUUCUUACAUUGCGUUAAAUGCAAUAUGGACCUCACCAAAAUCAGAGCUGCAUGUCAACAUUUUGUAGAAUGGAGUCAUUUUGGAGUAGUCCAAAGCUACUUCAAAUGUUGCAUACAGGUAGUCCUUGACUUAAGACUGUUUAAUGAUGGCUUGAAGUUAUGACAGCCCCUGAAAAAGUGACUACCCAUCCUUGAAAUUAUUUUUUAAUACUUGUAUUACAUUUAUCAAAGUAUAAAAGACAAAUUAAAGUGAGAAAAGAGGGAAGGGAAAAGAAAGACAUGUAGGGUAGAGGGAGAAAAAGAAAGAAAAGUAUUGACUUCCAAUUUUUGUUAGUGUAGUAGAAUAAUAUCAUUACAUCUUCAACUUCUUACUUUUACAUACUUAACAUAUACUACCCAUUUUUAUAACAAAAGUUAUCUAAUCAGUAAAACCCAGAGUUUUAUUUUUUUUCAACCACAAAAUCCAGAAGUGGUUUCCAAGUAAAAACAAAGUUGGAUGUAUGCUUUUCUUUGAUUAGAGCAGUCCAUUUAGCCAUCUCUGCUAAUUUCAUCAGUUUUGCCAGCCAUUUAUCCAUUAGAAUUAAAAGUAUCUUUCCAUUUUUGUGCAUAAAGGAUUCUUGCUGCUAUCAACAUACAUAACAGCAAGAUUCCAGAAUUUUUUCAAGUUCUUUUCAUUAAGCCCAAAAGAAAAAUAUUUGGUUUAAUUUUUAUUUUCAUUUUAACAAUCUUCUGAAUUAAAAAAUAAAUUUUACUCUAAUA